AUGGGCCUCACUAGAAGUACUCUAGUUGUGCUCUUUUCCCUUUUAUUUCUAUUCCAGCCAUUUGUGAACGCUCAAAGUCAGGCUCAAGGACGGCCAGGUGCGGCAGCUCCUGCCCCAGCACCCGCGGCUGGUCGACCUGGUAGUGCACCUCCUCCUGAUCAGGUGCCAAUCCAGCCAGCGGCUUCAGGCCCCGCUCCUGCUGCUGGUAGACCCGGCGGUGCUUCAACUCCUCCUACGUCUUCGGACGCAGCUCCAGCAGCAGGAAGACCUGGCGCCUCAACUGCUCCUGUGGCUGGGGAUCCUGCAGCGGGGAGACCCAAAGUCUAUUCCUGUCCGGCAGAUAACGGAGCAAGAUAUACAACGGCAAAUGGAGUAACGUUUGAGUUGAAAUGCGAUCAUGGUACCGCUGCUAAACCUCUUGACAAUACGAUCAUAGCCACACAAAAGGCAUGUGCAGAUUAUUGCUCAACCCUUCCAAAUUGCCAGUCUGCCGAUUGGAACAUCAACACCAAAUUGUGUGCAACAAAGCAGGAGACAUUUCCCCUUCCAGGCACGCACACCUGGUUUCCUCUCGAAGAGCGUAACCAGCGUCCCGAUACAGAGUACCGCACACCACCAGAAUGUCCAGCACCCAAAGUAGCGCUCGCAGAAAGUGUGACCGCUAGCACAAGUUUCACAACUGAUGGCGAAUGUCCAACCAAUGAGGGAAAAAUCUUUUUGACUCCUCAGGGCACGUACUUUCAGGUCAAGUGCAGCUUCGAGAAUACAGCUGAAAUUACGGUCUCUGGAAGCCGACCACUUCAUGACUUCGCCGAAUGCAUGACUGCUUGUGCAGAUAUCCCCGAAUGCAAGAGUGUAACAUUUGCUAAUGGGAAGCCCGACUGGGAGUGUAAAAUGUUUGAGGCUGGCGUUGAAGCUUUAACCGCAGAUGCUACAAACAAAAAAGCAUCAGCAGUUGUCAUUGAUCCACCAACAUCUGCAAAGCAAGACGACUUGACGUACCUCUGCUCAACAGAAUGCCCAAAUGCCGAUGGACAAACGUGGGAUUCCCCAACAGGACAACGAUUCCGUAUGGACUGUUGCAAGCGCCAUGGAACAAUUCCUAUCGGCGAUACACAGGCAGGCUCCUUAGAGGAAUGUAUGAAGAUUUGCGGAUUCACAUUGGCGUGUCAAUCUGUCGAUUUUCAAAAGGACACCGGAAUGUGUUAUUUUGGAAAACAUUCGGGUGCGCCCACCAUUGCUGCAUCUGGAUGGGCUUCUGCCUAUGCAAUUGGCUGCGCUGGUGCUUGCAAGAAAGAGGGACGUUGCGUUGCGUAG